CUAGACUCGUCGUAAGGCUGUGACUACACCUUGGCUCUUCAUUCGCUUUCCUCCACACGCUCACCUUCGCGUGGAAUUUGUCGAGAGCCGGACCCCUGCAAUGAGCGUCACCGCACCGACCAAAAUCGCCCAUGCCAUCGAGCAGAUCCAGCGUCCGCGAGCGACAGACAUCGACUUCACACAGUACGUUCUGGAGGAUGGAACGUCUAUAAGCACGCAGGAGCGUGUUAUCAAGGAUGUCCAGGCACCCUCCCCUGGUGUGCCUACCGAAGCUCAGUUCUUCUCCUCGACCGAUCCCACCAAACCCGACAUCGCGUUCCUGAAAAACCACUUCUACCGGGAGGGCCGUCUGACGGAGGAUCAGGCGCUGUACAUUCUUGCCAAAGCGACGGAGAUCCUGCGGCAAGAGCCCAACGUUCUGAACGUCGAUGCACCGAUAACAGUUUGCGGCGAUAUCCACGGACAAUAUUAUGACUUGAUGAAGCUCUUUGAAGUGGGAGGAAGUCCCGCGGAUACUCGGUAUCUAUUCUUGGGCGAUUACGUCGAUCGGGGUUACUUCAGUAUCGAGUGUGUCCUGUACCUCUGGUCGCUGAAGAUCUGGUACCCGGAAACUCUCUUCUUGCUGCGCGGUAACCACGAAUGCCGGCACUUGACUGACUAUUUCACAUUCAAGCUGGAGUGCAAACAUAAGUAUUCUGAGCGCAUAUACGAUGCAUGCAUGGACUCUUUCUGUUGUUUGCCCCUAGCCGCUGUCAUGAACAAACAGUUCUUGUGCAUACACGGUGGUCUCUCCCCCGAACUAAACACCUUGGACGACAUCCGCGCGAUUGACCGUUUCCGGGAACCGCCGACGCAGGGCCUUAUGUGUGAUAUCUUGUGGGCCGACCCCGUGGAGGAUUUUGGGUCCGAGAAGACGACAGAUAACUUUUUGCACAAUCACGUACGGGGCUGCUCGUACUUCUUCACUUAUCAGGCUGCGUGCCAGUUCCUCGAACGGAAUAACCUGCUUUCGAUCAUCCGCGCUCAUGAGGCUCAGGACGCAGGUUAUCGGAUGUACCGCAAGACCAAGACGACAGGCUUCCCGUCGGUGAUGACGAUUUUCUCGGCGCCAAACUAUCUGGAUGUGUACAACAACAAAGCUGCGGUGCUCAAGUACGAAAGCAAUGUGAUGAACAUCCGUCAAUUCAAUUGCACUCCUCAUCCGUACUGGCUACCGAACUUUAUGGACGUCUUCACAUGGAGCCUUCCUUUCGUGGGAGAAAAGAUUACUGACAUGCUGGUCGCGGUCCUGAACACUUGCACCAAGGAAGAACUGGAGGAGGAGGAGGAGGAGAUGACGUUGGCUUCGCCGGCGUCGCCGACGUCUCCAGAGAGCCUUGAGCGACGCAAGGUGAUCAAGAACAAGAUCAUGGCUGUGGGUCGCAUGGCACGAGUCUUUGCCUUGCUGCGUGAGGAGUCUGAGAAGGUCUCCGAGCUCAAGAGUGUUUCUGGAUCGAACAAGCUGCCGUAUGGCACGCUGGCGUCGGGUUCAGAGGGAAUCAAGGAAGCAAUCAGCAGCUUUGAUGACGCACGCAAAUCCGACAUUGAAAACGAGCGACUGCCCCCAGACCUAUUCGAUGCCUCAUCAGACGAGGGCAAGGCCAUACUGUCUGGUUCAUCAUCAUCCUCUGUGCCAUCCACUCCUCUGGACAGCGAGCCUAUUGGCUCAGAAGCGAUGAGCCCCGCCUCGCUGGAGGCUGCUCUUGAGCAGCAGCAGAAGCCACCCCUAGCACUCAACACAUCCUCUCCUGUGUUGGGCACCGGUGCCAGCAUCGGCUCGCCUGUGGCCAGCCCAUCUUCGCAAGCGCCGCCGUCACCGACGAUGGCCCAGCCGUUCCGCCGGGCCCAUGGCCGACAGGCCAGCUUGGGUACGACAAUGACCAGCCCGAGUACCCGUCGCCGCAGUCUGGAGAGCACGAUGAGCCUGAUCCAGGGAGUCUGGGACGGGCAGAGUCCCAUCCCGGAGGAAACGCCUGCGGUUGCUGACGUCGAUGGGCUUGCAGGUAAGCUUGCGGGCAGCACCGUGGAUGCAGUUCAGAAGUGAAAUAGUCAAUUGUCGUUGGCGUGUACAUACCUACUUAUAUAGCUCCGGAUAUUCUCACUUUCUCUUCUCUUGAUGUGAUACUCAAUACUCAUGUCACGAUCAGGCGCUUCGUAGUGACGAGCGUGUCUUUCCCCACAACCACUUUGUCCCGAGUUUUUUUUGCCUCUUGUGUAGCAUGUUUUUGCACGCGAUUGAUUGAAGGCACACUGACUGCAUAGAUGGAGACUUGAAGACUGACAACUAUGGCGAUCCUGAUCAUGAUGUGGUGUCUCGGGGGCACUGAACGUCACGAUCGACGACACCGAUCAGUCUAUCAUAUACACCGGCGCCGGCGAGCGUGCCAAGCCCUGUAUCUUCAACGGAACUCAAUUCGCGGGCGGCCAGCCGGGGUGCUUCCUCAAUGGGCCCGAGCCGUGCUCGACUGGGGCGCGCCUUAUCUCCUCCCAGUCGGGCUCGCUCUCGAUGACGUUUAAUGGCACCGCGAUCUACCUGAACGCGCUCCUGAACGACAUCAGCAACAUGUACACCGUCUCGCUCGACGGAAACUCCAAGGACGUCGACGGGGUGCGGCCCGGCGGCGCGCUGGGGUGCCACACACUGGCGUCGUUCGCGGGGCUCGAUCCCAGUGCGGAGCACACCAUCGGCCUCAGCAUCAAGGGCCUGGCGGACGACCGGAACAGGACGCACGGGAACGCCAGCGAAUUCUUCUUCUGGCUGGACAACUUCGUGAUCACGGUUCCCGAUAACACGACCGCGACGGUUGUGUCGAGUUCUUCAGUGGUGGCAUCAUCUGCAUUUGCGUCUACGGCAACUCCUAGUGCCACGAGUGCAGGGCUUAGCACCCACGCUCACACCCUUUGCAUCAUUGGAGUUGCAACUUUGGUCAUUGGGCUUGUGGGCUUCUAGUUAUUUAUUGUUUAUUGUCUCUCCUGUCUUUAUCGCACCAAGUACUGGAUAUGAUCUAGAUUCAUGCUGUAUCAUUCUUUCCGUCAAUGUCCACCUGUUCUUGUGA